AUUCUGACUGUUUUUUUUCUAUACUAGACAAAUUACGGACGAAGAACUAGAACAACAAGAUGAAUGUUACUGAUUCAACAUCGCGCAGCUUGCUCAAAAAUCGAGACUGAAUCUGAAUUGAAGUAAGACCAGAUAAUCGAAUCAAAAUGGAGCAGAGCAAGAUCCUAAUGAGCGCCCGUGCGUUACGAGGACCUCUCGCCACGGCGAGGAUUGGUUCAACGGCGACCAAGCGCCUUGCAGUACUGCAGUUCAUAACCCUACUUCUGGGUACAACUACGGACACCUUCCAACAAGUUUCUGCCCUGAAGCCGCGCAUGCACAUAGAGGCGUCGGAUGGGCGUGCAGAAAAUGCUGAACAAUUGCAGGCAGAUCGGGCGUUGAAGGUCGACGAUGAGAGUACUACAGCAGAGAACAAGGAACAACAAGUCCUCGGCCAAAAGCAAAAUGAAAACACAGAAGUAGCAGAAGCGGAGUCUAGCAAGCCGGAUGUUGAACAAAAUUCGCAGCACGCCGGAGUAGCCACUUCCGUCUUCCCCUUCAGCUCCUCUACCCUACAGAAUGGGCAGAGCAAAACCAAGAAGUUCAUGGAGCGGCGAAACGGGGACGAGCCUGUAUUCAGGAAAAAAACACCAUCACAAUCACUUUUGCACAUUUUUGCAAUACAAAAACUUUUGUCAUGCGCAAAAAUGCAUCACAGUCAAGAGUUAUUGGCGAUUUUUUCCCUUUGUGUUUUUGCAAUACAAGAAAAAAUUGUCAUGCGAGAGAAAUUUCUGAUGCGUAACCUUCUAAAUGUGGUUGUGAUGGUGUUUUUUUCUUGGAUAGCCUGCGUGGAUGUUUCAAUACGUCCUCGACUUGUAUGAGAGUGCACAAGAAUGAGUAUAUCUGGUACAACUUCCCUCGUUUGAGUUUGUAACAAGGGCAUGAGCAGCAAGAAAGGAAGCACGGUAAUAGAUGACACAGUGCCGGACUGGUUAAAGUACUUCAGAAAUUUGUCAUGCAAACGGUACCUCCAAAGGCCAGCACGAACUAGCUUCAGCAAUUUGCAUCCCGAAUGAGGGAACGAGGAGGUAUAGUUCUUGCGCACUCUCAUAACAUCGCCGGAGCGGUCACUGGCGCGGUCAAAGAGCCGAGUGGAGAUGAGGAUGGCGAACAGGGAUGCACUGCAAAAGUAUUGUCCUUGUACUCCUGAUUGCAAAUUAUACAUGCAUCACUAUAUCUGGUUUUUUAAUGUGCUUGUGAAAAGUGGUAUUUCGGUUUUAUUUCCACCAGUUGAUGAUGUCGUGUAUAUGCAAUUUCCACUAGUACUUACAAUACUUUUGCAAUGCAUAACAGGAGGAAGAAGCGAAGAUGUUGAAGAAAAAAGCCUCGUCGCACUUUUUUCUCGAUCCGGAGUUCUCCACGGCCACGGCGAGCACGUCGGCCUUUGUGGAAAUGGAUGUGCUGCAGAAGAAGCAGGAGAAGUCGGCCACACUCGUGGGUACUGUGCCACUUGUUCAGGAAUAUACACCCCCGACUCCGCAUCAGGGUGGACCGGCCUAUUCCACGUACGCUGCAGAUGACCCAAAUCACCAAAUGCUCACGGAGGCAGACCAAAUGACAACCACCGUGACAAAUGAAAACGUCCUCGUUUCCGGUGGAGCUCAGCAGGGCCUCGGGUGCGGUAAGAUCAUCGCCAUUGUCGCGGGCUCGAUCCUCGGCCUUAUCGGGCUGGGCCUGCUUUUCUGGUUCAUCUACACUUCUUCUUCGGCCGACGAGGAGAAGAAGCCCGUGCCCUACCACCCGCCCGUCGUGGUGCAGCAGCCCCCUCCGCCGCCGGUCGAGCAGCCGAAGAAGAAGGCGAAGAAGAAGUUGAAAGCGAAGAAAAAAACGCCCGGGGGCGACACGACCGGCACCGAAACGGAGGCAGACCCCCACGGGGCGCCCAACGCGAAGGGGGACGCUUUGAGUUUCGACGAGAAGCACUUCAUCUCGGAGCACCCGGCCCGCAAGUCUAUCGAGGUGAAUUUGGAUCCCACUGUGGUCGAGAACGCGCUGAUUGACGCCGGUGUCUCGGGCGGCUACGCGAAAACUAUGCACUGCAAAAGUAUCGUACUCAUAUUGCAAUCAUGCAUUACAAAUCCUUUUCUGAAGGCCAAUCCGCAUUACAAAUUUAAUUUAAUUUGUAAUGCUAAGUCAAUUUGUAAUGCAUUUAUACUAGUACGAUGCUUUUGCAUUGCAUAAAAAUGUGCGCGAACCAAAUCUGCGACAAGUACGUGCAUGACGGAGAGUUUUUACUGCGUCCCAGUGGCGAUGGGGACGAGAAAGUCCUGAUGCAGUUUGGGUUGAGCUGGGAUGACGGGCCGGAGUACGUGGGACGCAUGCGCGAGUUUUUGAUGAAUUUGGCCGAACGGCAAAAACAACAGAAGGAGACGGAGCAAGCUCUCCAACAACACGGGUUCUCGCCGCAAGCGGCGGAGUUUCUGGCGGAAAGGUUGGUCGACGACCUGGAUGACGAUGACGAGCGGGCCACAAUGGCGCUGACGGAUGAAGUAUCAAAUGCAAAAAUGUUUGGGUCUGGAAUGUGUGAUGCACAUUUUGCAUGAGUCCUGACGUCUGUGAUGGAUGCCCUAGCAUCACAGAUUUUGUGAGGGCUUUCUAAUGCCUAUGCCGCUCAUUGAGAAAAGCAAAAGCCCUCUCUUCGUGGCAAAAAAUGUACCGCUUUUGCUGUUCAUGCAAUUAUACAGAUUUUUGUAGCAUCCAAAUGCAGCAUCACAAGUUCGCAUCCUUCCAGACCCAGACACUUUUGCAGUUGAUAUGAAGAUAAGACGCUAACCCUGGAGGAACGGCGGAAGAAGUACAAGCAGGAGCGCAAAAAGCACCGGAAGGGCAUGAAGGGCGGCGCGCACGGGCACGGGAUGGAGGCGUUUAUAUGCAUUGCAAAGUAUCGUACUCGUAUAAAUGCAUUACAAAUUUCCUCAGCAUGAGAAAUGAAAUUUGUAAUGCUAAUUUGCCUUAACAAGAUGAUUUGUAAUGCAUGACUGCAAUACGAGUACGAUACUUUUGCACAGGAUAGCUCAUCGAAGAUGCGGACUUUCAGCAGCUGGCGAGCCCCAAGGAUUUGGAGAUGGUGAAGGAGAUUACGGAGUAUCCACAGUAGAUUUCCCCUACACGUACAACUACAAAUGCAGUCUCUCCAUGACAAAAUUGAGCUUCGGUCCUAGUUUAGCAUGACAAGUGUUACACUCCAAAUUGGUGAGAUUUGUGAUGCAUUUUGCACAUGUCCGGGAAAUUUGUAUUGCAUACGGAGGAAACCAGGAAGAUUCCGCCCGUGGGAAUUCUUCCUCCGGUCCAGCCCGGAGAAGAAGAGCCGAAGGACGGGAAAAAAAGCAAAAAGAUCAAGCCUGGCCAGCAGCGCGGCGCGGUGGAUAUCGACGCGGCGACGGCGCUUCCCUCGGGCAUCUUUGCCACCGAGGAGGGGAAGAAGCGCGGCAAGAAGUGGAAGGAUUUUGUCGCGCCCGCGUCGACCAUGCUGAUGGCGCAGGAAACUGCGAACAUGAAUCACAAAAUGCACAAGAAGCACAUCCCCGAAGUGACGAAGGAAAACCUGAACUUGAAUCUGCACGUGAAGAAGGUGGGCGUCAAGUUCGGGAAGAAAGAGCAUUUUACCGUCGACGCCGGGAUGGGACUCAUGCGCGCGAAGGCCGAUUUUGCAGCCCACCAGGAGGAACACGAGGCAGAAGAGGUCGGAGACGCGGCCACAACUCCCGCUCCCGCACCCGAACAGGGGGAUGAGGCUAUUGCGCUGGGCGACAGGAUUUUGUCCAAGAAAGGAAGCUAUGACAUUUGUAAAAGUGAUGUCCUUCGCGCCGGCGUAUAUUUAUUAGAAUGGCCAUCGUAGUACAUGACUACAGUUUUGCAUUCUUUUUCCUGACCUAAAAAAACCUCACAGAUCUGCACCUCACCUUUCCUAUGGAGUAAAAGCAAUUGUCAUGCAAUUCGUACACCACACGAACACGAAGAUACUUUUGCAAUGCAUACAGGCAAUCAGUCGCUGGGCUCCGGGAUUGACGCGUCCCGAGUGACCGUACAGCCAACGGGAGUGAAACAGUCCUCCAACGACCAGUCGCUCCAGAAAAAGGGCACGCUGGAUGCGUCAUCCAUGCCAGGACUUCCCUCCGGCUUGUUCCCCGACGGCAAGCCCGCUGCGGGCGAGGUCGGCGCCCACUCCUCCGCGGCGGAUCCCUCGGUUCCGGCGGUACCCAGCGGCAUCGUCCCGGAUGCCGAUGUAUGCAUUGCAAAAGUGUCGUACACGUACUAGUAUACAUUGCAUCACAAAUUUUUUCAAGAAGAAAAAUGCAAUUUGUAAUGCUAUUUUACCUAAAAAGAAAACAUUUGUCAUGCACGGUAGCUGCAACUACUAUCAGUACGAUACUUCUCCAGUGGAUACGAGGGCCACAUCGAGCACUACAAGGAUAUCCACCUGCACCCGACGUCGUUGGAGAAACGGCAUGUUGGUGGUAACACCACGCCGCCGGAGCAGAAGGGAGAAAAGGUGGAAAUAAAAGAGAAGAAGAGCCGGAAAGAGAAGUCCUCGCGCCGCGAUCACUCCGGGGCGAGCACCGCAAGUGUGGGCGGCGGGAUAAACAACAUGUCCACCGUCCCGCCAGUACCCUCUGGCCUGUUCCCGCGCCAGACGGGCCGGCAAAAAUCCGACGCGUCGGGGCGCUCCGAUCCUUCGCAGACGAUUGGUGGGGCCAGUUCGUUGCCCUCUCGCGGGGAUGGAACUACAAGAAAUGCCUCCGAGCAACAGAUGAUAUCAAUUGGAAAUGAUAAAGAUCGCACUGACUCGUAGUGAUUUCAAUACUGCAUGCACAAUAUGAACAAAUCUGGUUUCUUAGGCGAUUCAGCUGCAUUAGAGAAAAGUCCCAUUUCUACGUCUUCCCGUGAAAUAAGAGUUUGUAAAAUGCAAUUUAGAUAGUAGUGCUAGUGCGAUGCUUUUGCAUUUUUGCAUCACAAACUAGGGACAACUCCACCACACCCUACCUCCGCUUGGAUGACACAAUAUGAAAGCCUCAGAAUGGAAAUCCUCAUCAAAGUGGAAAUGAUUUGUGAUGCAUGAAAUGCGACGCAAAAAAGACUGUAUUGCACAGGACGCAAAGGAGGCGACUAUUGUCCUGCUAGGGUUGAAGAAUUGGAGUGCUGCUUAGCACGACAGAAGGGCACCCCUUUGCCUUAACCUGCAUGACAGACAUGCUUUAAGUGCCAGGGAAAUUUGUGGUCAUGCGCCGACUACAAAUGCCGCUUCAAGUGGAGUCGUUUUUUUGCAUCACAAAUUAUAAUUUCCAUUUUGAGGAUUUUCAACCUGAGGCUUUCAUACACAACCGCCGGGAAUUCUACCCAGGCCGGAUUACCAGCAUCCUCCGCGGGAGCGAGAAUUCCUAAUCCGAAAACGAAGAAGAGCGAGAAGUCGUCGAAGGACGAGGAUGCUUCCGACAGCAACCCGCUCGCGGUGAGCCCUGUCGCGGUUCAGCGCGGCAUGGCUGUGCCCACACCGUCUGUCGCAGUUCCCAACGCUUCGGCGCGUGGCACGACGCAAGCGGCGGGGGUGUCGGGGCGUGAGAAGUACCCGAGCAUUCAAGAGCCAGGGGACUGGGUCCAGUCAUCGGGUGAUGGCAGGAAUUUUCUUUCCGGGAAAACCACGCAGAGUAUGACACUGCACAACUCCCCCUCCCCCUCAUUUGUCAUGCAGAAUACCAAAUCCAGGCUGUGCCUCUUGGCGCUGCUUGCAUGACAAACACCAGAAGCCCAAGCAAUACAAAUACUACACUCCUGGGAAAAUUUGCCAUGCGAAACCGGUAUUCUUGCUGACGCUUGUAUUGUCGUUCAUGCUACACAAAGGAGGAGGAUGGGGAGUUGUGCACUCUCAUACAGGGCAAGAAAGACAUCGCUGCUGGAGGGGGAGACGGGGGGAUGAACUCCACGCUUCAGUCGGUGCUGAUAUGCAAGAAACAUUUACCGUACACGAUCUACCGUACAAAUGCAUCAAAAGAAUUUUUUUGAAAUCCAUCGGAGGAUGCCAUUUGGCGUGCAGAUGAACAUUAGAUUUGCUGGAGUUGUGAGAAAGUUUUGUCAUGCUGAAAUUUGAAUGGCGCAUGAACAAAAUGGUAAAUCUUUUCCUUCGGAUACCCGAAAGCACCAAAAGAGGAGAUGGAGCAACUGAGCCCGGAUGCUGCGGGGAAUCAGAGCAUAUGGAUUGUAAAAAUGUCUGGGUCUGGAAACUUGUAACGCUGCGGUGGGAGUAGUGAACGCUCUGUAAUGCACAGCCAAGCAUGAGAAAUGUCUGCGCUUCGUUGUGUUGCGUUUGUCGCAUGACAAACUGCGUUUUUACAUGACACGCAAAGGCGUCUCUUCUUGGACACGCAUCACAAACUUUUUGGUCAUGCCAGACAAGCAUGACAAAUCGCGCAUUCUUCCAGACCCAGACACUCUUGCAAUUGAUACAGCAUGCGGAAAAGCAAGAACAUCUCGGUCCUCAGCGGAGCGUCGAUGAAGAGCGGAGCGUCGGGGAAGAGCAUGACCUCCAAGCGGGCAGACCCGGAUGACGACUCGGUAUCAAAUGGAAAUAAUAUAUCUGGGUCUGACUGAAGGAUUGCUAAACUUGUCAUGCAGGGUUUCCAUGACCCAUAUGAUCUGCAAUGGAGGACCUGCUAGCAUGACAGACUCAGUGCAAUGACUAUCAAGCCCAGCCUGCAUGAGAAACUGCCUGUCGUCAACUUGAUCAAAAGUGGACAGCAUUUGGUAACCAUGCAACGCAGAUUUUUGCCUGGUCCAGAUUUAGCAUGACAAGUUGCAGAGUUCCAGACCCAGCCAUAUUUGCAAUGCAUACUCGGCAAGCAGCAGCGACCGUUCCUCCGAGCGGAAACAGACCACCGUCAAGAAGGAUCACAGAAGCUUGCUGUUUGACAACUUAAUGUGAAAUGAUCGAGGACGUGCUUACAAUUUAUUUGCUCGAGUAUGUCUUUGUCUACUAUUGCGAAGUGGAUCACCGGCGCACUCCUUCUGCUCCGUUAUUUCAGCUUCAGCAGUAUGUCUUACAUCUACUACUACUUCAAUUGGGUUAUUUUCAGAUACAGAUUUGAUUUUUAGGAAUGAGAAUGAAUGACUUCAAGUUCUUUAAACCUCGGUAGAAGCCGCCGACUUCUACCGCUGUUGAUGCACCGUUUUUGUGUUUGUACGACUGUUUGAUUGUUCGCUUUUAGCAUUUGACUUUUCAUUCUGCUUUUAACAUUACAUCUUACAACUACGAUCUGUUUGUGUUUACUAAGUUUUGAUGAAAAUUGCUGUGACCUUUGAAUUUGUCCACUACGACUGGCUUGUUUUAUUUUGCAAUUUCUGUAGCAUUUUUGUACAAAUUUUAUCGAGACACACCUCUUAUUGAAGAAGCGCUUUUCAUGAUGACAUCGUGCUCAGUAGAGAGUGGCGUUUGUUUCCAACUAACGAAUCGCUUUAAGAAAAACUCGUUGUAAACCUGUAUACUACGCAUUUUGCUUUGGAAAAG